CUGCCACAAACGCACUGAUUCCUGCCCUCUUACCAUGUCCGCCGAGACGGAUUGGGACCUCAUAUCCUCAUAUGCAGGACUCUUAAGUCUAGCGACACUGUCUAUUUACGCUGGUUCGCUCGGAUCUGUGACAUUGCGAAAACAUCCGCAAGAAAAGGGAGCAACAGCCGUAGACUCGGAGGAAGACGAGGAAGAGAUACCCGAUCGUCUGACGUCGCAGGAUGCAUACUUGUUUCCCGUUAUCGGGUCGGUGGUACUCUUUGGUCUAUAUCUCGUGGUGAAAUAUUUUGGGAAGGAGUGGAUAAACUGGCUGCUUCAAUGGUAUUUCACAUUUGCGGGCAUUGGCAGUGUGGGCAAGUCACUUGUUUCGCUGGCAAGAUGGACAAUAGGGAAAGGAAGAUGGCGAAAACUCGAGCGAAUACAAUUCCUUUGUCUCAAGGGCAGGCGAGAGCUCGUCUCGUUCUCGCUGCGUGCCCCGUCGUUUAUUCUUAUCCCUCUCGGUGCACUCCCAUCUAUUAUGUAUAACUUCGGCCCGGGUACGACUCGCAGGUCCGGCCUGCUGACGGACAUCCUGGCCCUCUCGUUUGCGCAUAACGCGAUUUCGCUCAUGAAGAUAGACUCCUUUCAGACGGGAUGCGUGCUCCUAUCUGGAUUAUUCCUGUACGAUAUAUGGUGGGUGUUUGGGACUGAUGUGAUGGUCGCGGUGGCAACCACACUCGACGUUCCGAUCAAGAUUCUCUGGCCCAAGUCUCUCAAUUUCUCCACUGAGCGGGGUUUUACCAUGCUCGGUCUAGGCGACAUCGUUGUACCCGGGAUGUUUAUCGCUCUAGCUCUGCGCUACGACUAUCACAGAUCAGAGACGGCAGUUCAUGGCUCGUCGUUCAGCAAACCGUACUUCUACGCUGGUCUAUUGGCGUACGUCGCCGGCCUCAUGACGACUAUGGGAGUCAUGCAUUUCUUUGGACAUGCACAACCGGCUUUGCUGUACCUAAGCCCUGCAUGCAUGAUCUCUUUCUUCGUAACUGCACUCGCUCAGGGCGACUUCACGCAUGCAUGGGCAUGGUCUGACGAAGCGGAGAAACCGAAGACUGACGAAGGCAAGACAGAAACCCCCGCGAGUGGUGUCGAUCCAAGGCCCACUGAAGCGGCGGCGGAUGACACAAAUGCUCCAGUCGAUGGAGGUCAAGACAAGACAGGUCAUGAUUCGGACGAACGUCGAAGGCACGAAAAUGUCGAAGACGGACAGAGGCUAGCGCAUUGACAGAGUGUAAGACGGUCUUGGCAAUGCACUCAUAGACACUAUCUUCCCGACUGUAACAUAUUUAUCGUAAGUUAGUGAACGAUUGCAGAAGCGUCGAGCGAGCCCUUGGCGGGAG